GCUCUGGCCUAGCGCGGGGCUCGCUUAAUGCUGCCUUCCCGCCUUCACGUGCUCCAGAGCAAUGGCGGCCUCCGUGCGGGUCGGGAGCGCGGCCGCGGUGCCCGCCUCAGGCCGAGGCCGUGCACGGCGUGUGGCACAGCAGGUUCCCGAGGAGAUCCUCGGUAACGUGGAGCUGCGGGAGGCGGCGGAAGCCCUGCCCCAAAACUACAACUUUGAGAUCCCCAAGACCAUCUGGCGCAUCCAGCAGGCUCAGGCCAGGAAGGUGGCCCUGCAGAUGCCAGAAGGGCUCCUCAUGUUCGCCUGCACCAUCGCAGACAUCAUUGAGCGGUUCACCGACGCAGAGGCGGUGGUGAUGGGCGACGUGACCUACGGUGCGUGCUGCGUGGAUGACUACACAGCCCGAGCCCUGGGUGCUGACUUCUUGGUGCACUAUGGACACAGCUGCUUGAUUCCCAUCGACACCACGCAGGGGCUGAAGAUGCUCUAUGUGUUCGUGGACAUCAAGAUCGACACAUCCCAUUUCCUUGAGACCAUUCGCUUCAACUUCCCAGCCGGCACCUCCCUGGCCCUUGUCAGCACCAUCCAGUUUGUCUCCACAGUGCAGGCAGUGUCACAGGAGCUGCGCUCUGAGUACAAGGUGUGUGUGCCCCAGUGCAAGCCACUGUCCCCAGGGGAGAUUUUGGGCUGCACAUCACCCCGGCUCGCCCAGGACACAGAUGCCAUCGUGUGUUUGGGCGACGGGCGCUUCCACUUGGAGUCCAUCAUGAUUGCCAACCCCGGGAUACCUGCCUACAGGUAUGAUCCCUACAGCAAGGUGUUGUCCCAGGAACACUACAGCCAUGAGCGCAUGCACCGUGCUCGGCAGGACGCCAUCCGCACCGCAGCCAGUGCCCGUUGCUGGGGGCUCAUCUUGGGCACGUUGGGGCGACAGGGCUCCCCCAGCAUCCUGCAGCACCUGGAAUCACGUCUCCGUGCCCUGGAUCGGCCCUUCGUAAGGGUGCUGCUGUCUGAGAUCUUCCCCAGCAAGCUGCAGCUCUUCCCUGAUGUGGAUGCGUGGGUGCAGGUAGCCUGUCCCCGGCUCUCCAUCGACUGGGGAGAAGCCUUCAGCAAGCCACUGCUGACACCCUACGAGGCUGUGGUGGCUCUCCAGGACAUCGAGUGGCAGCAGCCUUACCCCAUGGACUUCUAUGCCAGCCAGUCCCUGGGGCCGUGGACGGUAAACCACGCCAGCACCCAGCCCCUGCGCCACGGCAGGGUGGCCCAGGGGAAGCCACCCGUGCCCCCCAACCCGGUGGAGGACGGGCACAGCACCCAUGAGGGUGAGCAGAGCACCGGUAAGGAUGAGCAGAGCACCAGCACCCCAGCAGCUUCCUGAGCACAGCCUGCACCCCAGCCUGGUGUCGCCACGCUCUGGGACCCGGUGUGGGCACAGUGGGUGGCACUACCAUUCCCCCUCCUCGACGGUAAGCACCACCGGGGGCUGCCGGUACCAGCACCGGCAUGGAUGGGGCUGCACCCCAUCCCUCGGCAGUACACGGACGACGGUACAAUGAACGACCCAUCCCGGCUGCCCGCAAGGCCAGGCUGUGCCCGCGGUCGCACCGGGCGUCCCAUCCCGCACCACCGGGGCCGCCCCUUCGCUCCCCGACCACCGGUACCCGCUCCGCGACCUCCCGCCACCAGGGGGCGCUCUAUCCCUCCGCGCUAUCCAAUGAGCGCGAAGCGUUUCGGCGGGAAAAGGAGCGGGAGCAGCCGGAAGUGUCUCAGUUGGCUUCCGGCGGCGGAGGGAGCCAUGUCGGAGCGGAGGGUCCUGCGGCUGCUGGCGCUGCACGGCUACCGGCAGAGCGGGCCGCGGUUCCGGCAGCGCACCGGCGCGCUGCGCAAGGCCCUGCGGGGCCGCGCCGAGCUGGUGGCGCUCAGCGCGCCUCACCCCGUGCCCGGCGGCGCCGAGGACAGCGACGGGGACGACCCCCCCCGCGGUUGGUGGUUCUCCGGGCCCGGCACCUUUGAGGCGGCGGAAGCGGCGGCGGAGCCGGAGGGACUGGAGGAGUCGCUGUCGGCCGUAGCGGCGGCGCUGGCGGAGCACGGGCCCUUUGACGGGCUGUUGGGCUUCAGCCAAGGCGCGGCGCUGGCCGCUAUGGUGUGCGCGCUGCGGGCCCGCGGGGACCCCCGCUUCCCGGUGGCUUUCGCCAUCCUGGUGGCCGGCUUUGCCAGCCGAGCCCCGGCCCACGGGCACUUCUACCGGGAGCCCAUCGCCCUGCCCACGCUGCACGUUGUGGGGGACACGGACGCUGUCAUCGCAGCCCCUCUCAGCAGGGAGCUGGCCCAGCACUUUGUGGAGCCCGUUGUCCUCAGCCACCCCGGUGGGCACUUCGUCCCUGCGGCUGCGCCACAGAGGAAGGUCUAUCUGGACUUCUUGGACCGAUUCUGCCCUGGACAGGGACAGGCUGAGCCCCUGCAGGAUGGGGUGGUUUGAUGACAGGCUCUGUAAUAAACGGUGCUCCGGUGAGCUGUGUGCGGCUGUGUGAUGGUGGCAGAUCACCGUGUUUGUGCCCUCCAGAGGGGCCAGAGAGCCCUCAUCUCCCCACUGCUGCUCUGCAGUGGUAGCCCAGGCUGAAUGGCUCUUCAUCAUCUCCCUGUUGUAGAUAUGUUCUAGAUAUAUAGAUCUAAGUAGAUAUGCUAUAGUUACAUAGAUAUGAGGUAUGUGUGGGUAUGAUGGUGAGGAGGUUGAGGCCAGGAGGGUGACCCUGCUGUGUGUGAGGUGCUCUGAGGCUUCAAUAGCCAUUUAAAAUCAGGGUUCCCCAGCUCAGCCACAGCAAAGGUGGGCAGAGCUCCUGCAGCUCUUACACCCCAAAGGUUCCUGUGCUUUAAUAUCACUGGUGGAAGCUUUAAGCCAACCUUCCAGCUGGUCUGGGUCUGUAAAACCUCUCAUGUGUGGCUGGUGUUCCUUUCAGGAAUGAAAUACCUGCUGGUUCAGCAUGUUGGGACCUUUUGUAUCUUCCUGUGUACAAAGUGCCUUUGUGACCAAGAAGAACUUGUCGCUGUG